UCGCAUAUCACCGUAAAAAUACCAUUUAUGUUGGAGUUAUGCUUGGUGCUAAAGUAUACAUUCAGACAACAUGCUCACAUGCACACACACACGCACAUAUGCUCACAUGCUCACACGCACGCACACACGCACAUAUGCUCACACGCAUACAUGCACACACGCAUACAUGCACGCGCUCGUUCGCUCGCUCGCUCGUUCACCCACUCUGUCCGUAUCAAUCCAAGACAAGUCCAAAACCAGCUUAAGCAACCCAACCCCAAGAAUCCCAAGAAAGACCCAGCUGGAUGCAGAAAGGUAAAAAUAAAAAGAAAGAAAGAAAGAAAGAAAGAAAGAAAAGAAGAAGGAAGGAAGAAAAGAAAAGAAAAGAAAAGAAAGAAAGAGAGAAAGAAAGAAAGAAAGAAAGAAAGAAAGAAAGAAAGAAAGAAAGAAAGAA